AUGGGUCAGCCUGCACCAAGCCCAGAACAGGCUAGCCCACACCAGUCCAACAUGGGCCAGCCCACACCAGCCCUACAUGGGUCAGCCUGCACCAUGCCCAAUGUGAUCCACACUGUGGGCCCUGUGGCCAGGGGACAUGUGGGUGAAACUGAGACCAAGGACCUGACAGCCUGCUACCAGAACUCGCUGGAGCUGGUCAAAGGGUUCGGACUGCGCUCUGUGGCCUUCCCAUGUAUAUCCACAGGAAUCUACGGUUUCCCCAACGAACCCGCGGCAAAUAUUGCCUUGGAGACAGUAAAGAGCUGGGUCAAGGAGAACCAUGACAAGAUCGAACGUGUUAUCUUCUGUGUCUUCCUGGAGGCGGACUACAGGAUCUACAAGGAAAAAAUCCUUCAAGUCUUCCAAGAUAACGAUGUGACUACAGAAGAGGACACUGAGGAUGGACAGAAGGCAGGAGCAGGCACGUCCCCUUUUAAGGAAUCCAGAAGCAAGAAUCAGAGUGAAGACCGCCAUGAUGACGAUGAGCUAGAUCCACCUAAAGAAGACGCUGACAACCAUACAGCCAUGGAGCAAGAUACCCAGGACUCACAGACAGGUGAAGCAGAGGAAAAGAAAGCUGAUGAGAAGAGUGAAAAUAAAGAAAUGGAGAAGGAUGCUACUGGAGAAGCAGAGGAAAAGAAAGCUGAUGAGAAGAGUGAAAAUACAGAAAUGGAGAAGGAUGCUACUGAGAAAGAUACGGAGAAAGAGAAGGAGAAGAAGAAGGAGAAGGAGAUGGAGAAGGAGAAGGAGAUAGAGAAAGAGAUGGAGACAGACACCAGCGCUAGUGAACAAAUAAAUGCUAAAGUCGAGAGCUUGGAAGGAUCUGACCCAACUGAAACCGACAGCUCUCCGUCCAAAGAUCCUAUAGAUAAGAAGGAAUGAACAGCAGGAGGAGGGACAAUCAACCAGCCAACUGUGAAGAAAGAAAGGACCACCACAUCAGUACCUGUGCCCGUAUGCCCUCUUAAACUGGGGGACCGGAGGCACAAGAACGAGUCAUUCACCAUGACAUAACUCAUUCCCCUAUUUUACAUUACUUUUUAAUUACUUUUUGAAUCUUUAUUAUAAUGAAAUGAUGUCAUCUGUCAUCAAUGAAAUCCAUCAUCAAUCAAUCUUUAUCUCAGAAUCUGUCAUUCAUUAAAUGAUUCAUUGAUCAAAUUUGAAUAUGGAUGUAAAAAAAGAAACGUGAUAGAGGACUGUAAACAUAUCAAACGGAUGCGAUACCUGGCAGUCUGUUAGAUCUAACUACUACUACUCCUACUGCUGCUCCUGCUACUACUACUACUCCUACUGCUGCUCCUGCUACUACUACUACUACUACUCAUAUUCCAGCUCCUGCUACUGCUUCUACUCCUGCUCUUACUCCUAUUCCUGCUCCUGCUACUACUCCUGCUCCUGCUACUACUCCUACUCCUGCUACUACUUCUACUCCUGCUACUACUCCUAUUCCUGCUCCUGCUACUACUCCUACUCCUGCUACUACUUCUACUCCUGCUCCUGCUACUACUCCUACUCCUGCUACUACUCCUAUUCCUGCUCCUGCUACUACUACUACUCAUGCUACUACUCGUACUCCUGCUACUACUCAUAUUCCUGCUACUACUACUACUACUACUACUCCUAUUCCUGCUACUACAACUACAACCCCUACUACUACUCCUGCUACUACAACUACAACUCCUACUACUACUCCUGUUACUACUACUACUACUCCUACUACUACUCCUGCUACUACUCCUAUUCCUGCUCCUGCUACUAAUCCUACUACUCAUAUUCCUGCUCCUGCUACUACUCCUACUCCUGCUAUUAGUCCUGUUCCUGCUACUACUACUCCUACUCCUGCUACUACUCCUACUCCUGCUACUACUCCUAUUCCUGCUCCUCAUACUCCUACUACUACUCCUACUCCUGCUACUACUUCUAUUCCUGCUACUACUACUACUCCUGCUACUACUCCUACUCCUGCUACUACUCCUAUUCCUGCACCUGCUACUAUACUCCUACUACUACUACUCCUGCUCCUGCUACUACUCCUGCUACUACUCCUACUACUACUCCUACUCCUGCUCCUACUACUACUCCUAUUCCUGCUCCUACUACUACUCCUAUUCCUGCUCCUACUACUACUCCUACUCCUGCUACUACUCCUAUUCCUGCUCCUGCUACUACUACUACUAUUCCUAUUCCUACUACUACUACUCCUGCUCCUGCUACUACUACUACUACUACUACUACUACUACUACUACUACUACUCCUAUUCCUGCUCCUGCUACUACUCCUAUUCCUGCUCCUGCUCCUACUCCUACUACUACCACUCCUACUCCUGCUACUACUCCUAUUCCUGCUACUACUACUACCUCUCCUACUCCUGCUACCACUCCUACUCCUGCUACUGCUACUAGUCCUACUACUCCUCCUCCUAUUCCUACACUACUACUCCUACUACUCCUAUUCCUACUACUACUAGUACUACUACUCCUACUACUACUCCUCCUCCUAUUCCUACUCUUACUACUCCUCCUCCUAUUCCUAUUCCUACUACUACUACUCAUAUUCCUACUCCUUCUACUACUCCUAUUCCUACUACUACUCCUAUUCCUACUACUACUACUACUACUAUUCCUACUACUCCUACUUCUAUUCCUACUACUCCUCCUCAUAUUCAUACUCCUACUCCUACUCCAACUCCUAUUCCUACUACUACUACCACUACUAUUACAGUACUACUACUACUACUACUAGCCAUGCCCAUAUUAGCCAUAUAGUGCCAGAGGAAUAAACCUUCUGUUGGAAAAGAGUCUAACCUUCCAUUAUAGAGGCAUAUAUUGAGAAUAUUAAUAAUAUCCUAAAUAUAAUAUCUCUGUUCCAUUCCAUCUAGAACAUUUUGGGAGCGUUCCAUCUAACCUUACAUUCCAUCUAGAACAUUGUGGGAGCGUUCCAUCUAACCUUAAAUUCCAUCUAGAACAUUGUGGGAGCGUUCCAUCUAACCUUAAAUUUCAUCUAGAACAUUGUGGGAGCGUUCCAUCUAACCUUAAAUUCCAUCUAGAACAUUGUGGGAGCGUUCCAUCUAACCUUAAAUUCCAUCUAGAACAUUGUGGGAGCGUUCCAUCUAACCUUAAAUUCCAUCUAGAACAUUGUGGGAGCGUUCCAUCUAACCUUACAUUCCAUCUAGAACAUUGUGGGAGCGUUCCAUCUAACCUUAAAUUCCAUCUAGAACAUUGUGGGAGCGUUCCAUCUAACCUUACAUUCCAUCUAGAACAUUGUGGGAGCGUUCCAUCUAACCUUACAUUCCAUCUAGAACAUUGUGGGAGCGUUCCAUCUAACCUUACAUUCCAUCUAGAACAUUGUGGGAGCGUUCCAUCUAACCUUACAUUCCAUCUAGAACAUUGUGGGAGCGUUCCAUCUAACCUUAAAUUUCAUCUAGAACAUUGUGGGAGCGUUCCAUCUAACCUUACAUUCCAUCUAGAACAUUGUGGGAGCGUUCCAUCUAACCUUAAAUUCCAUCUAGAACAUUGUGGGAGCGUUCCAUCUAACCUUACAUUCCAUCUAGAACAUUGUGGGAGCGUUCCAUCUAACCUUACAUUCCAUCUAGAGUCUAGAACAUUCUGGGAGCGUUCCAUCUAACCUUAUAUUCCAUCUAGAGUCUAGAACAUUCUGGGAGCGUUCCAUCUAACCUUAAAUUCCAUCUAGAGUCUAGAACAUUCUGAGAGCGUUCCAUCUAACCUUACAUUCCAUCUAGAGUCUAGAACAUUCUGGGAGCGUUCCAUCUAACCUUAUAUUCCAUCUAGAGUCUAGAACAUUCUGGGAGCGUUCCAUCUAACCUUAAAUUCCAUCUAGAGUCUAGAACAUUCUGGGAGCGUUCCAUCUAACCUUAAAUUCCAUCUAGAGUCUAGAACAUUCUGAGAGCAUGGGACUGUAAAAAUAUCAGAACGCCACAUUCACCAACCCCAAAUAGCUGCACCAGCUCCAGUUUGCAGACGUUAAUAUUACAGGUUGGGAGUUCCGUAUACCACCACCAUCCUCUGUUUCUAACAAGCACCAUAGAACCGACACAGCACCUUGUCUGUCUGUCUGUCUAUCACUAGCUUUGACAGUCUGACAUUCAGCAGUGGAAAACAAGACGGAACAUGACAUCUUCUAGCAUUUACUAUGCUUCUGUUGAUUGCUGCGUGUAUGACUGACAUGGUCUUUGAAAAUAUCUUUGACAUAGAGGAGGCACAUUGCAACAUCAUGGACUCACACACAGGAGUACAUCACAGCAUUAUACCAAGUUCAGAGUGUCUGCCAUAUCUUCUUGUCACACAUUUCUUGCUGUUUCAGCACCGAUAGCUAGUCAUGAUUAGGGUUGCAAAGGUAGGGUAUAUUACUGGAAACUUUCUACGUUUACCAGUAAACUACUAGGAUGUUGGUAUCUUUCAAGGAUUUUAUGUAAUCUAUCACAAGACUUCUAGUGCCCCUUUCUAGUGAACCUUUCUAGUGGCCCUACUUUAGAUUAUUACCGAUGUCUAAUUACCUCUGGUCUUAUCACAUGUAAAAUAUUUGACAUAACUAAAUAAGGUGAUGAAAAAAAUAUGACAAAGCUGUAAAACAUUAUCCUAAAUAUAAACCACAAAGAUGAAUACCAUUGGUUUAAAAAUAAGUAAAUAAAUUGACUCAGUGUAAUUCUUUUUACUUUGUCAAUAUAUAUAUGGUGUCAAUAUUUUUGCGUUAAACUGAUGACAGUUGUGAAGAAAAGUGAAUAGUUGGAAGAGUUGCAGAGUUAAUUGACAAUAAUGGCAUUGUUUAUUAGAUGCUUUUUUCAUUAAUCAGGCUUUUUUGUCUUGAACCAUAUGGUCUAUCUACUAGAAACUCAUGGACAAUAUGGACACAGAUAUAACAAUAAAUACUAUAUAUCAAUUUAUAUAUACUUUUAUUUAUAUAUACAUAUAUAUAUAUAUUAAAGUUAUUCAAGUAUAAAGUACCAAAGUUAAGAUAAAUUGCCAUACAUUUUCUGUUAAUUACCCAAAUUACUGAAGAUUCUGAUAACUUUGGUAAAUUACAGGUAGCUUUGCAACCCUAGUCUUGAUGUCAGCUACUAAUACCUUGACACACGCACGCACACACACAGAGGCAGACACACACACACACUUCAAAAGAAUUUCAUCUCCAUCACUCAGCCCUAACAGCUUUGCUUUCAUCAGUGAGAUAAUGCUUGAUCAUGUCUGAUGUUAACAUACACACACACAGAGAGAGAGAGAGAGAGAGAGACACACACAUACACACACACAUACACACACACAAGCUCUGACAAUGUCUGAUGUUAACAUACACACACAGAGAGAGAGAGAGAGAGACACACACACACACACACAAGCUCUGACAAUGUCUGAUGUUAACAUACACACACACAGAGAGAGCGAGAGAGAGACACACACACAUACACACACACAAGCUCUGACAAUGUCUGAUGUUCCGAGAGCAGCAUCUGUAGCUGCAGACAAAGUCUGUAUCCAAAAUGACACCCCCUUCCCUAUAAAGUGCAGUACUUUUCACUAGAGCCAUAUGAGCCCUGGUCAAAAGUAGUGCACUGUAUAGGGAAGGUGGGUUCCACUUGAGACAUAGACAAGCUCAUUAAAGAGCUCCUUAUCAGCACCAACAAGCACUUUGAACUACAGGAUGUCUGGUGUCUUUUAAUCUUUCAACAGAUUGAUUAUGGUUCCUUCCUCUGUCGUUUCGUUCCAAUGCAUGCCAGAAUCGCUUAGAACUUCACAAACAUGGGUUGUGUCCUGAAUGGCACCGUAUUCCUUAAAUAGUUAACUCUAUGGGCUCUGGUCAAAAGUAGUGCAUUAUAUAGGGAAUAGGGUGCCAUUUGGGAUGGAAUCCUAAAACAGUCAGCCAUUUUAAUAUAGUCCUCUCUCUCUCUCUUUUCUCUACUUAUCGUCUUUUAACUAGUUUGUCAAUAAUUGUAUCAAAUGAGUUUGCCUUAUUUCACAUUGUCAAACGUCUUCUUCAUUAUCUGUUUCUAACAGAUACUUGGGUGUAUCGCUUGCAGAUGAUUUGUAAUUGUGAGUAUUUACCUACUGUAACGUGAUGGCUGAUAUGUUUUGUUCUAUUGAUUCACUCUGUUACUCUCUGGGUUUCCGAAAAUUGAGCCAAAAGCAUUUAAUUUUGUUUUCCGAUGUUGUUAUCAAUUAUACAUUCACAAAUUAUUCAUUUUUAGUGGUUCCAUGCUAUACAGUACAUCCAAUGAAUAACAGUAAAGUACAGUACAAUGAAACUAUAAAUGACCAUAUGAAUUGGAGUACAGUACUAUUAUGAAUGAAAAUGAUGCCUUCAUAAUUUGGUGUUUUGCUUUGCUUAACAAUAAUGAGAUGAACUAAUAAAGUUUAAAGGGGGAUGGUCA